GCCCGGACACGCGACCCCGGGGGGCCUGGCGUGCCACAAGUGCUGAGAUGGGGGGUGGAGGCGAGGGAGAGAACGAGGGGCCGCGGGAGAGGCCUCCGGGCAGGGCAGGGCCCUCUGGAGGGCGGGUGCAGGGGGAGGCUCGGUCGGGCACGCGUGGUCGGGGAGGCCGAGGGCUGCUGCUCACAGGGGGUCUUAUUUGACUAGAAGCCACAGCGGCACAUGCGCCGGGGACCGCCCAGCCUGCAGAUCCGCGCCCCCGAGAGGCGAUCCCUGGCGUCCAGGAGGCCAGAAGCUGCGCCCGGCGCCCAGGAGGAGCUGGUGCAGAGGACGCUCAGCUGGAGGGGAGCCGGGCCGGAGCCGGGCACUGGCCGCCCACCUGGGAGAGCGGGGUCCCCCUCCCUGCCCGCCCCACCCGCCAGAAGGGUCCCCAGCCCCACAGGUGCCCGCAACCAGCGGCAGCAGGCCGUGGUCGACGCCUUCCGCCACGCGUGGGAGGCAUACCGUGCCUUCGCCUGGGGCCACGACGAGCUCAAGCCCGUGUCCAGGUCCUUCAGCGAGUGGUUUGGCCUCGGCCUCACGCUCAUCGACGCCCUGGACACCAUGUGGAUACUGGGUCUGAGCAAAGCUAUGCUGCCUGGGCAGCUGGCCGAGCUACUGCAGAUCCGGGCCUGA